AUGAAAGCUACGGUCUUCUUCGAUGUACAAUUCGCGGAGGUCGACUGGGAGGAUCUCUUUGUUCGCUACACAUCGCGCAAGCAAGUGCAUGUCGAGAAUGUAAAUAGAAAGAUCGACGUGCAGAACAGGAUGGAUGGACCAGUGCACGCCAGCAUCGGUGCGAAGGGCCGAUCGCGGCAUACGACCAUCACUGCGCAGCGAGCGACUGGCGAAGAACCUCACAAGCUCGUGGCCGCCUCCCUCGUACACCUCAAUCGCACAGCCACCUUCGACCCCGGCCUGCAAGGUAAGGUAGAAGGCAUCGACUUCUACCUCGAUUUGAUGCACGUCGAUGCCACUCCCGGCGCCGAGGUCCACUACGGCAUCGUGAUCAAGCAGGAUGGUGUGCUCUUCCAGUCACCUCCUGCGCGCCUGACGUGCGGCACCAAGAAGUGGAAGGGCUUCAUUUCCGAGUCUCUCGUCGCCGCGGACUUCAUCCGCUUCGGCAAGCCCACCGUCGUUUCGCCCCACACCAAGCCCUUCUUUGGAAAGGAUGCCGCGCCACUGCAGUUUGGUUACAUCGUGCACGUGGCUGGCCCUGGAUCGAGCGUGAAGAGCGUGACUAGCAUCGGCGAGUGGAAGGUCUCGGUGGCGCACAGGGAGGACCUCAGUAUGAGUCUCUCGCAGACUCUGGAGUUCAGGCAGCGCCUUGACUCUGAAGUCCUGGAACGCCAGCGCCUAGAAAGGGCCAUCGUCGAGCAGCGCAUCAAGGCCGAACAGGAGCUGCGUGAACUGAGGCUCAAGGCCGAAGAGGAAAUCAACUCACUCCGCCUGUCGCUCCCGAUCGCCGAGCGCGGAAGUCGUAUUCCUUCGUUCGAGGGGGAUGGAAAGAACGCUUCACCGGCCAGCAACAAGCACCUCGGCCGCACGGACGACCUGGCUCAGCUGCUUAGCGGCGACGCCUCGCCUCACGUGGAGGACAAGUACAUUUCCAUCGUCAAGGCCGCGCAGAACCGUCUCCUGGAGGUCGACUCCCGACGCAAGGCCGAGCGGCAGCGAAAGGAGAAGCUGGAAGAGGAGCACGAAAACAUGCGCAAGACGAUCGACCUCGAGCGCCAGGGCCGUGAAGAGGCGGAGCGGAAGUGGGCUGCCCAGUACGAAGAGGUCGCCAAGAGCGCCACCGAGGAGAAACGUCAGCUUUCCGAAGAGCUGGAUAGCUACCGCAAGCGCAUCUUCCACCUCGAACAGGAGCUUCGGGGCGAGUGCAAGCUGAAGGACCAGAAGGAGGAGGAGCUGCGUCGCCUCCGCGACGAGGUCGCCAGCAAGAAUGACGAGAUGCGGGUCCUACUCGUCGAGAUCGACAAGCAGGCGGCGGCUCUCGCGCAGCACGAAGCUGAACGCCACCGCCUUUCGAAAGAGGCCGAACACCGAGCAGAGGAAAUCGCUCUGCUGAAGUCCAAGAUCGUAGUUCUCGACUCAAGCCUCACGACCCUGGAGCAGGAAAAGAGAGACCUCGAGAAGAAGAUGCAUACGUGCUGCAGCUUGCUGGACCAGCGUGAGCACGAGUGGAGCGAGACGAGCGCCAGGAAGGACAACGAGGCCAAGGAAGCACAGCAAGCAGCCGAGGAGCGACUCCAGGCCGAAGUGGACACGUGGCGACAACGCCUCGUGAAGCUCAAUCAGAAACACGCUGCCCAGGAAGAGGCCCUGAAGGAUCAGCUGGCCCAGGAGAAGGCACAACUCGAAGAGGAACUCGCCAAGGCGAUCGAGGCGCACGAGCGGAAGGAGGAGGCGUGGAAGCGAACGGCGAACGAACUCAACACUGAGCUCAAGACCUGCACGCAGGACCUUACCGCCACCGCCGAGGAGAUGGAGCGCUCGAAGCACGAACUCCAAGCGGCCCUUACCGAAGUCGGACAGAAGCUGACGACCGCACAGACCGAAGUGGCCCAGCGCGACCAGGAGGCCGAAGCCCUGCGACAGGAGCUCGACAUGCUCAAGGCGCAGCUGCGGGAGGUCGUCGUGCGCGCCCAGGAGGAGGUGGCCGAUCUGCGCACAACAGCCAAGAGGCGGGAAGAGGCGUGGGAGCAGGAGAGGUGGCAAGUCGAGCUCGAGCGAGCCGAAGCCAAGCGCGAGGCCGAGUUGGCGGAGGAGCGGAUGCGGCAGAUGGAGCAGACCCUGGCCGACGUGCGCCAGGAGUCGACAGCCCGCGCUCGCGACCUGGCCGACGCCGAUGACCGCCUCGUCGCGGCCAACGCCCUGAUCGACAAGCUCAACCGCGACCUCCGUCAGGAACUGGACGACGAGCAGGACGCGCGCAAGGGACUUGAAGAGAUUGCUGGCGGCCUUCGUGCCCAGCUCGUCGCCGAGGCCGAGCGCAACAAGGAGGAGAUGCUGCAGGUCUCGGCUGCCGCCGCCGCGGAGAAGGCCGGCCUCGAGGAGAAGCUCUCCGCGGAGAAGGAGUCCAGGCAGCAGCUCGCCAAGGAGCUCGAGACGCUCAAGGAAAGCUACGAGCUCGAGAAGACGCUGCGCGAGAAGAUCGCGCGCGAGCUCUUUGCUGAGAUCGACGCGCGCAAGGAGGGCGAGAAGCGGCAGACGUCGGUCAUUGCCGCGCUCAACGAUCACAUGAAGAAGCAGGCCGAGGCGAUCGUGCAGCUCGACUACGCGCUUAAGCAGGAGCAGGUCGAUCGCAUCCAGCUCGAGGAGCAAGUCGAGGCGGAGGUGAUGGCGAGGGUCAAGGCCGAGGAGGCUCUCCGCAAGCUGGACGAGAUCUUCAAGAAUGCCUCGAAGGAGGAAGACAACGAGUGGGAGCUCGUCACCGACGAGGACGGCAAGAACGGACGUCAGUGA